AUGGCCACUAAUAUCCGCGUCCUCGCCCUCUGCGGGUUCACGCAGAACGCAAACAUCUACUCAAAGCAGCUCGGCGCGGUGCGUAAGACGGCCAAGAACGCCGAGUUCGUCUUCCUCGAGCCGCCCAUCAUCGUGCUCAAGGCCGAUAUGCCCUGGAACCAGAACCUGGACCAGUUCGCCUCGAACGCGACCACCGAGGAAGAGCAGCAGACUCCCGAAACUACCCCUCGUGCGUGGUGGCUCACCGACAGCGAUAGGAAGGUGUACCGCCGGAUCGACGAGAGUAUUGCGUACAUCCACGAUUUUAUGGUCAAGAACGGCCCCUUUGACGGUAUCAUUGGCUUCAGCCAGGGCGCGUGCAUGGCAUCGCUUGUUGCCGCGCUGCUCGCCAAGCCUGGCCUGAACGCCGGAUGGCCCGCCGAGCCCGCCCUUCCGGUGCCCAAGUUCGUCAUUGCCGUUGGAGGAUUCGCACCGUCGUCCGAGAUCCCAGACUUUGCUCCCUACUUCCCUAUCCCCGCCAGAGUGCCUGUGCUGCACGUCAUCGGGCGCACUGACGUGGUCGUGAGCGAGGAGCGUUCGCGUAGCCUCAUCGACGCGUGCGAGAACUCGCGCGUCGAGUACCACACCGGAGGGCACUUUACGCCGUCCAAGGCGAGCUGGCGGCAUUUCUUCAACGCAUACAUCACCGCCACUUGCAACGGCGAGAAUCAGAACGACAUCCCACCCGUGGCGUCGUUCGGCCCUAGCGGCACCAGCACGCCCGUCACCGCGAGCCAGACGCCGCGUGGUGGAACUCCCAUCCCACCGGAGGACCUGAGGCAGGCGCUUCCGGCCCCUCCCCGGAGGUGA